UGCUCAGCGGCAGCCAUGCUGCGGAGCCGGUGGCUGCUGCCGGGGGCCGCGCUUGCCCUGGGCGCGGGGCUGGGGGCCACCCUCAGCCGGCGCCGGGCCGGGGGCGAUGCGGCGGAGGGGCUGCUGGGCCGCCUGCCCGUGGUGCCCGUGGUCCCCGCCGUGGCGGCGGCCGGGCCGCCCGCGCUGCCGGGCUCGGCGCCGGUGGAGCUGACCAAGUACGGGCUGCCCGGGCUGGCGCAGCUGCGGAGCCGCGAGUCCUACGUGUUGUGCUACGACCCGCGGAGCCGCAGCGCGCUCUGGGUCAUCGAGCAGCUCAACCGGGACACCCUGAGCGGCGCCUCGGAGCGCGCCGCCUGCGACUUCCAGGAGGACGACUCCGUGCACGAGUACCACCGAGCCACCAACGCCGACUACCGCGGCAGCGGCUUCGACCGCGGGCACCUGGCGGCCGCCGCCAACCACAAGUGGAGCCAGAAAGCCAUGCGGGACACGUUCUACCUCAGCAACAUCGCCCCGCAGGAUCCUCAUUUGAACCAGAAUGCCUGGAAUAACCUUGAGAAGUACAGCAGGAGCUUGGCGAGGAGCAACAAGAACGUCUACGUCUGCACAGGACCCCUCUUCCUGCCCAGGAUGGAGGCCGACGGGAAGAUGUACGUCAAGUACCAGGUGAUUGGGAAGAACAACGUGGCUGUUCCCACCCACUUCUUCAAGGUGCUCAUCUUGGAAAAGGAGAGUGGGGAGAUUGAGCUGCGCUCCUAUGUGAUGCCCAACAGCCCCGUGGAUGACAAAAUCCCCCUGGAACGGUUCCUGGUCCCCAUUGAGAGCAUUGAGCGAGCCUCAGGGCUCCUCUUUGUCCCAAACAUCUUGAAGAGAACCAGUAACUUGAAAGCCAUCACAGCUGGAAGCAAGCGUUGAACCCCAUCCAGGUACUCCUGGGGAAGGGACUGGCAGCAGUCACAUCUACACAGGAAUACUAGUUCCUUGUGCAGUUUUAAAUGUGGGAAACGAGACUCAAACCAAUGUUCCCUUUAC